AUGACCGGCAGUACUCGCGCCAGCGCCGGCUCCUUCUUCCUCGUGCUUCUCUUCUUCGCGCUGGCCGGCGUCGCGGACCUCGCGUCCGCCACUGCCGGGGCAACUGCCACUGUUGCUGCCUUCAGAGGCGACGACAACAGCAACCACAACGCGGCGGCGCUUCUGACGACGCCGUCGUCGGCGUCCCCGGCCGAGCUGAACGGCUUCAUGCAGUGCCUGCUGGGUUGCUUCACGCAGGUGUUCGGCUGCUCGUUCGGGUGCAUGGGCAAGCAGGGCGCCGACCUACCGCUCUGCAUCAUCAGCUGCGACCAGAAGAGCAUCGUCUGCAUGAUCCGCUGCGGGCUCUCGCCGUCGCCGUCGCCGCCCAAGCCCUCGCCGCCUGGGCCCAAGCCGCCGUCGCCCAAGCCACCCAAGCCGCCCACGCCCAAGCCACCCACGCCCAAACCACCCACGCCCAAGCCGCCCACACCCAAGCCUCCCACGCCCGCGCCACCAACGCCCGCGCCACCCGGCCCGCCCUACCCCGGCCCGCCCUACACCCCGCCGUACGCCGUCACCGGACGCAAGGCCGCGACAUCUGCCUAA